AUGAAGGAUACAGUCCUCAGUGAGAAGGAUGCAGCUUCAUACACCAAGUGGCUGAAGUUCGCAAAGGUCCGCCUGAUGGGGAGAACUUGCACAUACUGGAUGUUGAGAAGUGGAACAACAACUUACAGGGAUCUAACCGUCCUGGCCGAAGCCCCGAAUGAGGGAACCAUCGUCGUCGAAAAGAAUGUCAUUUCAGAGAAGGGCAAGGAGGGUGAAGAUGGAUCGGAUUAG